AUGUUGAAUUACACGACGAAAAAGCAUCCGGAAAAUCCUCAGACAGGAAAUCCGGAUGUGCAUUUCAGUGAGGGGGAGGGAAGUCAUGUGGAAGUGACGUCUCCGACACAAUCAUCUUAUCCAACACUAAAUCGCAUCAAUGAUCCAAGUAUGCCAUCAGAGAUGCAGAGCGUGGAAGACUAUGAUGAUAAUCUUCGCCCCAAAAUGCUUUCUGCGCUUGAUUCUCAAGUACAAAGCAAGCACGAACAAAAAGAAGGUCUGAGUGGUCGACGAAGUACUUCAGCGUCACAGUCCAACAGUCAGGGUGGCAAUGGCAUCAAGCAUGAUUCCGGACUUCAAUUGGGGGGUUCUGCCAGCACUUCAGACCACGUCCGGCCGGAACGGGCUAGAAAAUUCAAAGAUUUGGUCUUUUUGCGCCAAGUGUCAACAUUUGACGCCCAAAGUGAAGCUGCCGCCAACAGCCCAUUCCACGGUUUCUAUAAUCUUUUCUGGCUUUCAGUGGCACUGAUGAUUUGCAAAAUAUCUGCAAGCAAUUGGCGAACCUACGGGAAUCUUCUGGGGCCUAGCGACAUUUUAAAGUCUAUGUUUCAUAGAGACGUUGUUGUCUUACUACUUUCUGACGGCAUUAUGUGUGGCUUGACAGCAGUCACCUGGUUUCUGCAGAAGCUUGUGUUGGUUAACAUCGUGAACUGGGACCGACAGGGCUGGGUAUUGCAACAUAUAUGGCAAGCAUUAUUUAUUGCUGGAGCUGUAAAAUGGACUAUACAUCGAGAUUGGUCGUGGACACAUACGGUAUUCUUUGUCUUGCACGCUCUCGUUAUGCUCAUGAAGCAGCAUUCAUACGCAUUUUACAACGGUCAUUUAUCAACCAUGUAUCACAGACGACAAAUGCUUCUCGACAAGCUCAAGAAGCUCGGGUUUCUCGACUGCACAAAAGAUCCCUCGACUGAUUCGCUAAUCUUCGAAUUGUCGAUUUCGCCCUUGAGCACUUCUUUAUCCAGUGGACACCACUCUGAUUGCAGUUCGCCAGGCGGUAAAUCCGCUCGCUUCGACGCAGAUAAUAUUUUAAAGACCAUUGAUACUGCCAAAACUCUUGGUCAUGAGCAAUUGUCUUUGAUUAAAAGGGCUAUCAAGGACGAAGUUGAUUGUCUUGGCGACGAGCUCAAGGGCACAGCGAGCAACUCAUCGAAUGUAUACCCGCACAAUCUUACUUUCUUGGGUCACUACGAAUGGAUUCCGCUACCUACUGUGGUUUAUGAACUCGAAUACCCUCGACUCGAGAAGAUUAACUGGGGUUAUCUUGCUGAAAAGGUCGCCGCAAUGAUUGGUAUUAUUUUUGUGAUGAUCCAGGUUUCUCAGUACUACAUAUAUCCGGUUGUUCUGGUAACCAUCGAGAUGAGAGAAAGCAAUAUGCCUCUAGCCGCAAGGUUUAAAGAAUUUCCAUGGUUACUGGGUGACUUGAUAUUUCCUUUCAUGAUGGAGUAUUUGCUUACGUGGUACCUGAUAUGGGAAACAGUCCUCAACAUUUUAGCAGAGUUGACCUGCUUUGCGGAUCGACACUUUUAUGACGCUUGGUGGAACAGCGUGUCUUGGGACCAGUUUGCGCGAGACUGGAAUCGCCCAGUCCAUAUCUUCCUUCUUCGCCAUGUUUACCACAGCUCUAUAUCGUCAUUGAAAGUCAACAAGCAUACAGCGACCAUCAUCACAUUUUUUCUUUCCGCUUGCGUUCAUGAAUUCAUCAUGUGGUGCAUCUUCAAAAAGCUUCGUGGGUAUUUGCUUGUCUUGCAAAUGUGUCAAUUGCCGCUUGUUCGUUUGAGUCAGACAAGCUGGUUGAGGGACCGGAAAACAUUAGCGAAGGUUGCUCCAGCUCCUCGAUCAUAA